AUGAGGAAAACAAGUGCAAGGAACAAGGAAGAUAUGAAAAUUAUUUGCUCAACACAUAUAGCCAGUAAUAGGAAAAAAAUCGCCAAAAAGGAGAUGAAGAAGUUGCUUUCAUUUGGAGAAAGCACAGGGAGUAAAAAGAAGAAAGGAGAGAAGGAGAAAGGCAAAGAGGAUGGUCUAAAGAGGUGGGAAGUAAUUCUGGAAUUUGUGGCUGUCUAUAGUAUGAAUAUCGUGCCUAUAUCAAUGGCAGUAUUCAGCAUCGUUUUCUCAUUGGUUACAAUCAUGUUAAUCAUGAAUGUGUCAGGAGUAAAACCGUUUGGUGGUUCAUUCGGCUAUCACCAGGCAGUGCUUUUCAUAUCAGUGCUGGCAACACUGAGUACAGCAGUAACACUCAGAUAUCAAACUUAA